GGGCAGGAGAGGAGGAGCCAGAGGAGGUGUCUGCUGCAAGUUCCUGGCUGCUACUGAGCUCACCCCAUCCUCCGAGAGGGAGGAGGCCAAGUGGUGAUGCCGCUGCUCCUGCCGCCUCGACUGCUGAUGCUCUAGUGAGGCUGGAAGGGUGGUUCCUCUUCGCACCAUCGCCAACCAGAGAGUGAGGGAACAAAAUCCCAGCAGCAGUGCUGAUGUUGCGUUCGGAGGCCUCAUCCGACACGGUCACAAGGAAAAUGGAUUCAGUUUGCAUCUUUCCCUCCUUUCAACAGCUUCUCCAGGUCUCAGCAUGGGCUUCCAGGGCAGCACCUGAGGAGACCUUACCAAGGAGCACCACGCAGUAGAUGCUGAAAACAUCGCACCCACGAUACAAAGCAGUAACAUGGCAGCACCUGUUUGAAAGGCAUUCACAAACAAGACUCCCUUCAGAAAGGAACAAUGUCUAAGAAAGGGCGAAAUAAGGGCGAGAAGCCCGAAGCGCUCAUCGUCGCCCUUCAAGCUGCCAAUGAAGACCUCAGGACCAAGCUCACAGAUAUCCAGAUAGAGCUGCAUCAAGAGAAGUCCAAGGUGUCUAAGCUUGAAAGAGAGAAGACUCAAGAAGCAAAGAGGAUCCGUGAGCUGGAGCAGCGCAAGCACACGGUCCUGGUGACAGAACUCAAAGCCAAGCUCCAUGAGGAGAAGAUGAAGGAGCUGCAGGCUGUGAGAGAGAAUCUCAUCAAGCAGCACGAGCAAGAAAUGUCAAGGACAGUGAAGCUGCGGGAUGGAGAGAUCCAGAGGCUCAAGUCGGCCCUGUGUGCUCUCCGGGACGGCAGCAGUGACAAAGUAAGGACAGCGCUCACCAUUGAGGCCCGGGAGGAGGCCCGGAAGCUGUUUGAUGCCGAGCGCCUUAAGCUCUUACAGGAAAUUGCAGACCUGAAAACUGCCAAGAAGCAGGUGGAUGAGGCUCUAAGCAAUAUGAUCCAGGCGGAUAAGAUCAAGGCCGGCGACCUUAGGAGUGAGCACCAGUCCCACCAGGAAGCCAUCUCCAAGAUCAAGUGGGAGUCAGAGCGGGACAUUCGGAGGCUGAUGGAUGAGAUUAAAGCCAAGGACAGGAUCAUCUUUUCCCUGGAAAAGGAACUGGAGACCCAAACUGGCUAUGUACAGAAACUGCAGCUGCAGAAGGAGGCAUUGGAUGAACAGCUCUUUCUGGUCAAGGAGGCCGAGUGUAACAUGAGCAGUCCGAAACGAGAGAUUCCGGGAAGAGCAGGAGAUGGCUCUGAGCACUGCGGCAGCCCUGAUUUGAGAAGAAAUCAGAAGAGAAUAGCUGAAUUGAAUGCCACUAUAAGAAAAUUAGAAGACAGGAACACCCUGCUUGGAGAUGAACGAAACGAACUGUUAAAACGUGUGCGGGAAACCGAGAAACAAUGUAAACCUCUUCUGGAAAGGAACAAGUGCCUCGCCAAGAGGAACGAUGAGCUGAUGGUGUCUUUGCAACGCAUGGAAGAGAAGCUAAAAGCCGUUACCAAGGAAAAUUCGGAAAUGAGAGAAAAAAUAACAUCCCACCCACCCUUAAAGAAAUUAAAAUCUCUGAAUGACCUCGAUCAAGCUAAUGAAGAACAAGAGACAGAGUUUUUAAAACUUCAAGUCAUUGAGCAGCAGAACAUUAUUGAUGAGCUCACAAGGGACCGAGAAAAGCUCAUCCGUAGGAGAAAACAUAGAAGAAGUUCCAAGCCAAUUAAGAGGCCUGUUUUGGACCCAUUUAUUGGCUAUGAUGAGGACUCCAUGGAUUCAGAGACAUCAUCCAUGGCCUCGUUUAGAACUGACCGAACACCAGCUACUCCUGAUGAUGACUUAGAUGAAAGUUUAGCAGCUGAGGAAUCUGAGCUACGAUUUCGACAAUUAACAAAAGAAUAUCAGGCCCUCCAAAGAGCAUAUGCCCUCCUGCAGGAGCAGACUGGAGGUAUCAUCGAUGCUGAAAGGGAAGCCAAGGCUCAAGAACAGCUGCAAGCAGAGGUGCUAAGGUAUAAAGCCAAAAUUGAAGAUCUGGAAGCGACUCUGGCUCAGAAAGGGCAGGACUCACACUGGGUAGAAGAUAAACAACUUUUCAUUAAGAGAAACCAGGAGCUUUUAGAAAAGAUAGAAAAACAGGAGGCAGAAAAUCACCGGUUACAACAGGAACUACAGGAUGCCCGAGACCAGAAUGAGCUGCUGGAGUUUCGAAACCUAGAGCUAGAAGAAAGAGAGAGACGAUCUCCUCCAUUUAACCUACAAAUUCACCCAUUCUCUGAUGGUGUGAGUGCUCUACAGAUCUACUGUAUGAAAGAAGGUGUCAAGGAUGUGAACAUCCCUGAUCUCAUAAAGCAGCUUGAUAUCCUGGGUGAUAAUGGGAACUUAAGAAAUGAAGAACAAGUGGCCAUAAUUCAGGCCAGCACUGUGCUGUCCCUGGCAGAAAAGUGGAUCCAGCAAAUUGAAGGAGCAGAGGCUGCCCUACACCAGAAAAUGAUGGAAUUGGAAAGUGACAUGGAACAGUUCUGCAAAAUAAAAGGCUAUCUAGAGGAAGAACUAGACUACAGAAAACAAGCUCUUGACCAAGCAUAUAUGAGAAUCCAGGAGCUAGAAGCUACUUUGUACAAUGCUCUGCAGCAAGAAACUGUUAUCAAGUUUGGUGAAUUGUUAAGUGAAAAACAGCAAGAGGAGCUGAGGACAGCAGUAGAAAAGUUACGGCGGCAGAUGCUGAGGAAGAGCAGAGAGUAUGACUGUCAGAUUCUUCAGGAGAGAAUGGAGCUCUUACAGCAAGCCCAUCAGAGAAUUCGUGACUUAGAAGAUAAAACAGACAUCCAGAAACGACAGAUAAAGGACUUAGAAGAAAAGGUUCUCAGAGAAGAGAGACAAAUCAGACUCCAUUUAACUUCUGAGUCAAGAAGGAGAGAACUAUCUGAGAAGCACAGAGGUUCGAACAGUAUCAUGCAUUCAUUUUCCAAAGUGUCCUCUGAUAUGCAAGCCCGUUUUAUACUAUAGAUCCUCACUCCUCCAGGGCACACCCAGGUUAUGCCUGCUGCCCUGAUGUAAUUACUAAUAGUGUCCCCAUUUCUACCUCAGAAGUAUCCCAUGGUAGAUGAUUUAUCAUAUCUUUACCUUACAUAUUAAUAUUCUUCCUGCUCUGCCUUACUCCUAAUACCUGUCACAUUAACCAAACAGUGAUAGCCUUAAGAAUAAAUGUAUGCUCUGAUCAUAUUUUUGUAUUUUUGGUAGACCCUGCCACACACUAACAAGUAGACUAUAGUAUGGACUGAAGUAGGACUUGGGAGGGCUAACCUCCAGGCUUUAUUAUGCUAUAACAUUACAGGCAAUUAGACUGUUGACUAACUCUUCGGUGCUUAUGUUUUUCAUUUAUAAAAUUACAAGCUUAAAUCCAUUAUCUAUUAGACCCCCUCAGGAUUCCAAGAUGUAUGAGCUGAUGUUAGUUGACUCUGGUUAUUCAUCAAAUUAUUUUGUCAAUAGAUAAGUAAAACAUACAGUUUUUUUUUUUUAAACAGAAGGUACUUGGUGUGUAUGUGACAAGUGAUCAGACUU